CACCCGCAGACACCACGACCUACGGCAUUCCACGACCCAUCACUGCCACCCCUUAUAUUUUCUAAAAGGCACCACGUCUAUAGACACCUUAAUUCUACGUUAGCCAGUUUAAUCCACUCGUUUACUUUCACCUUGAUCGACACAGCGACUGCGACUCCUCUGCUUGCAAUAGAUUAAUACCUACUGUACCAUCUCCAUCGCUUCUCUCGUUCGUCGACUUCAUCCGAUCCGAGUACCGUGACCAAGCGCUAAAAGGGCACGACCAACUCACACUCAGCAUGCAAAGAUGAAGUUCCGACUCCGACGGCUGAGUCUCCUGGCCUUCGCGCUAGGACUCAGUUUCGCAACCCUUUGCACGGCCGAGGCCGUCAACAUCCCCGCCGAUGCAUCUGUAUCUUCAUUACUCGCCUCCGGCAAAGCGGCGCGGGCUCGCGGAGCCAACAGCGAAGCGCUAGCAUACUUUGACGCGGCGGUGUCCAAAGACCCAACAGACUACCUGUCGCUAUUCCAACGAGGAGCCACCUACUUGUCAUUAGGCAAGAGCCCACAAGCGAGCGAGGACUUUGACCGAGUGUUGAAACUGCGACCUGGGUUUGAAGGCGCAUUGCUACAAAGAGCGAAGAUCCGGGCAAGAAACGGAGACUGGGCCGGCGCGAGACAGGACUAUGUGGCAUUGGGUGCACGAGCAACAGCCGAACUGGCCGAUCUCGAGGAGGCCGAGGGCGCAGCGCUUCUUGCGCAGGAGGCGGAAAAGAAGGGCGACUGGGAGAAAUGUAUCCACCAGGCCGGAAUUGCCAUCAUGACGGCCAGCACGGCAGCGUCGCUGCGGCAGUUACGUGCACGAUGUCGGUUCGAGCGAGGCGAGAUACGCGAGGGACUCAACGAUCUAGCGCACGUACUGCAGAUCCAGCCGGGCCUGGUCGAGCCACAUCUCCAGAUCUCGGCCAUGCAGUUCUACAGCCUGGGCGACACGGAGCGCGGGCUGGCGCAGGUCAAGAAAUGUCUGCACUCGGACCCGGACUCGAAGCCCUGCAAGACGCUGUUUCGGGAGGAAAAAGCCGUGGCCAAACAAAUCGACAAAGUUGACGCGCUAAUGGACAAGAAACAAUUCAACUCGGCGAGCAAGAUCUUGACUGGACGAGUAUCAACAACAACCAAAACCACGGCCGAAGACAACCAGGGCCUGCUCGCGGAAGUCGAGGCCAACAUUGCUGCCCACCGCGCCAGCGGGAUCAUCCACCCCCAGGCGCCGUCGGGACUAUAUAACGACCUACUCGAGAAAACAUGCCAGGCAUACAUGAGCAUGAACAACAUGAACAAAGCCUCCAAUUUCUGUCCGGCCGCCCUAAAAGCCAACCCAUCAUCCCUACCGGGCUUGUUAUAUCAAGCCCAGAAACAUCUGGACGACGAACUCCCAGACGCAGCCAUCUCCACUCUCCAAACCGCACGCGAUAAACACAGCCACGACUCGCAGGCCCAAAGCCUCAUCAACCAAAAGUUGCACGAGGCCCAAGUCGCCUUGAAACGCAGCAAAACAAAAGACUACUACAAAGUCCUGGGCGUGUCGCGCGACGCCGACGAGCGCACCAUCAAGAAAGCCUAUCGCACCGCCACCAAGAACUUCCACCCGGAUAAAGCCGCGGCAAAGGGCAUCCCCAAGGAAGAAGCCGAGAAGAAAAUGGCCGCCAUCAAUGAAGCCUACGAGGUCCUCAGCGACCCGGAACUAAAAGCCCGCUUUGACCGUGGCGAUGAUCCCAACGAUCCUCUUGCAGGCCAACAAGGCGGUCCUGGCGGUGGUGGUGGUGGCUUUUAUCAGCAAGGAGGCUCGCCUUUCGGCCCUGGUGCCGGUGGCGGCGGUCAGCAUUUCUUCUUCCAGCAAGGAGGCGGCGGCGGUGGUGGUGGUCAACAAUUCAAGUUCCAUUUCCCGGGCGGCCAAGGCGGUGGUCGUGGUGCUGGCGGUGCUGGGAACCCCUUUGCUGGUUUCCCUGGCUUUGGUUGAACGGAUUUGGCCUCGUGGUUUGUUUCUUUCCCCCCUUUCUUUUUGUUGUCGCCAGUUUUUUGGGGGGGAGGGUGGCUUGGCCGGGUAUUCUACGCGCGGCGUUCUAGAAGGACAAGACAAACUGUUUACAUAUGUACCUUGUUCAAGAAUUUGGCUUGCACGUACUGUACGUCCCUGUCCUGGUAUCCUUGCAGUGGUGCCCCAGCCUGAGUACUUACCCGGUAGCUACCUUAAGCUAUGGAGCUUUUCCUUUGUUUUGUGGCGUCCUGCGGUUUCGUUUCAUUUUGUGAACCAUUCAGAAUACCUUAAUGAUGAAACGAUGAUAUGAUAUGCCUAUCUCUCCUAUAGUACCUUUGAUUGUAUUCCAUUCCAAACUCUUGCUGCCAUUGCCGUGCUCGAUACCAGCAUAUCAAUUUGGAUCCCACUGCAUUGAAAUGGG